AUGUAUAUGGUUAAAGGUGCAGCCUACGCCCAUACGGUUCCUGAAUACGACCGUUACAUGGACCUCAUAAGAGCUGCGAACCCUGCUCUAGCUGCUUACUUAGAGAAAGCAGAUCCGAAGUUAUGGUCGAGAGUUCAUUUUGAAGGUGAUAGAUACAAUAUAAAGACGAGCAACAUCGCAGAAUCUAUUAAUUCGGCUGUCAAGAAAGCAAAAGGAUUACCUAUUCCUCGUCUUUUGGAGUUUAUUAGGGAGAAGCUCGGGAGAUGGUUUAGCAAGAGGCGGGAGGAUGCACUGAGUCUCACAACCAUCCACAGCAGAGGUGUGGAGUACAUAUUGGCCAUACGGUCUUACUAUGCUGGAAGUAUGAUCGUAGAUCGCAUAGACACUUGGCGCUUUCAUGUUAAAGGCGGGAACGAGAUUGUAAUGUCGACUUGGAGAAUCGAACAUGCUCGUGCGGUGUGUAUAACGUUGAAAAAAUCCCUUGCUCUCAUGUUAUUGCAGCUGCAGCCGAAGCUAACGUCGACAUGUCCUAUUACGUAUGCGCCACUCAUUCGAGCCUUCCUUGUUCUCAACAUAUGCACAUCCGCUAUACCCCAAAGCGGGAACUGA